AUGGCAGAGGCAGCCCCCACUCAACCCUGCAUAGUGUCUCCGGGCGGCCCGCCUGGCGGCCCACCGCCUCCGGAGCGGUCCAGCCAGGAGAACCUGCACGCCCUGCAGCGCGCCAUCGACUCGAUGGAGGAGAAGGGCCUGCAGGAGGAUCCCCGCUACUCGCAGCUGCUUGCCAUGCGGGCCACCUCCAAGCACCAGCAUCUGAACAACAACCAGGUGAAUCUGCUUCGCACACAGAUCACGGCCUACCGGCUGCUGGCGAGGAACAAGCCCAUUUCCAUGCAGAUGCAGCAGGCGCUUCAGGCGGCCCAACAGCAGCCGCCGCCAGGGCCACCUAUAGGGCCGCCGGGGACACCGGGAGGACCGCCGCCAGGGCAACCGCCAGUGCAGCCACAGCAGCAACAACAACAGCCGCCGGCUGCAGGAACGCCCAGUCAGUGUCCUACUCCGCCGGCUAGCAAUCCCUAUGGGCCGCCAGUGCCGGGCCAGAAGAUGCAGGCUGCUCCUCCGCCGCCGCACAUGCAGCAAGGUCAGCCGCUGCCGCCGCAACCUCCGAGCGCAAUUCAGCAGCAGCAACCGCCGCAGCAACAGCAGCCACCACAGCAGCCGCAGCAACCUCCACCCGAGCAACUGCAGCACCAGCUGCCGAACGGAGGCAAGCCGCUGAGCAUGGGACCUGCCGGGGGCCAGCCACUGAUACCCACGCAGGGAGUGCGGCCGACUCAGCCGGGUAUGCCACCUGUGGGUCAAGUUCCGCAGCCCGGCGGCGGUCCAGCCGCGAGGCAAGUACCUCCCGCUGGCAUGCCCAUGCCGAAACCCAAUCGGGUGACCACAGUGGCCAAGCCAGUGGGCUUGGACCCCAUCACCCUGCUGCAGGAAAGGGAGAACCGGAUAGCGGCGAGGAUCUCGCUGCGCAUGCAGGAGUUGCAGCGCCUGCCGGCCACCAUGUCCGAGGACCUGCGCCUCCAAGCAGCCAUCGAGCUGAGAGCCCUGCGGGUCCUGAACUUCCAGCGGCAGCUACGCAUGGAGUUCGUCCAGUGCACGAGGCGAGACACGACCCUGGAAACGGCCCUGAACAUCAAGUUCUACAAGCGCACCAAGCGGCAGGGUCUGCGGGAGGCGAGAGCUACUGAGAAACUGGAGAAGCAGCAGAAGCUGGAGGCUGAGAGGAAGCGCCGGCAGAAGCACCUGGAGUUCCUGGCCGCGGUGCUGCAGCAUGGCAAGGAUCUGAGGGAGUUCCACAGGAACAACAAGGCCCAGCUGGCGCGGAUGAACAAGGCGGUGAUGAACUACCAUGCGAACGCAGAGCGCGAGCAGAAGAAGGAGCAGGAGAGGAUCGAGAAGGAGCGUAUGCGCCGCCUGAUGGCCGAGGACGAGGAGGGCUACCGCAAGCUCAUCGAUCAGAAGAAGGACAAGCGCUUGGCCUUCCUCCUGUCGCAGACGGACGAGUACAUCAGCAACCUGACCCAGAUGGUGAAGCAGCACAAGGACGACCAGAUGAAGAAGAAGGAGGAGGAGGGCAAGCGGUUGCAGCUCUACAAGAAGGAGCUGCUGAUGAGCGGCGAGUACAUCGGCAUCGACGAGGGUAGCAUUGUGGCCGACAUGCGCGUCCACGUUGUGGAGCAGUGCACCGGAAAGAAGCUGACCGGCGAUGACGCCCCCAUGCUGAAGCACCUUCAUCGGUGGCUGAACAUGCACCCCGGCUGGGACUGGAUCGACGACGAGGAGGAGACCAGCGGCAAUGAGGAUGUCAAGCCCAAGGUGGAGGAGCAGCCGCAGGCCGCGGAAGACGUUACCGACAAGGCGGCGCCGGCGGGCGGCGAAGAGGAUACCAAGACUCUGAUCACCCAGGCCAAGGUGGAGGACGACGAGUACCGUACCGAGGAGCAGACCUACUACAGCAUCGCCCACACCAUCCACGAAAAGGUCACGGAGCAGGCCAGCAUCAUGGUGAACGGACAGCUCAAGGAGUACCAGCUGAAGGGUCUGGAGUGGCUGGUCUCCCUCUACAACAACAAUCUGAACGGCAUUCUGGCCGACGAGAUGGGUCUGGGCAAGACCAUCCAGACCAUCUCGCUGGUCACCUACCUGAUGGACCGCAAGAAGGUGAUGGGCCCGUACUUGAUCAUCGUGCCCCUCUCCACUCUGCCCAAUUGGGUGCUCGAGUUCGAGAAGUGGGCGCCCGCCGUGGGCGUGGUCAGCUACAAGGGAAGCCCCCAGGGCCGGCGGUUGCUUCAGAACCAGAUGCGAGCCACCAAGUUCAACGUGCUGCUGACCACCUACGAGUACGUGAUCAAGGACAAGGCGGUGCUGGCCAAGAUCCAGUGGAAGUACAUGAUCAUUGACGAGGGUCACCGCAUGAAGAACCACCACUGCAAGCUGACCCAGGUGCUGAACACCCACUACAUAGCGCCCUAUCGGUUGCUCCUCACGGGAACGCCGCUCCAAAACAAACUGCCCGAGCUGUGGGCCCUCCUCAACUUCCUGCUGCCCUCGAUCUUCAAGUCCUGCUCCACAUUCGAGCAGUGGUUCAACGCCCCCUUCGCCACCACCGGCGAGAAGGUGGAGCUCAACGAGGAGGAGACAAUCCUGAUUAUCCGUCGCCUGCACAAAGUGCUGCGUCCCUUCCUGCUGCGACGUCUCAAGAAGGAGGUGGAGCACCAGCUGCCCGACAAGGUGGAGUACAUCAUCAAGUGCGACAUGUCCGCCCUGCAGCGCGUCCUCUACAAGCACAUGCAGAGCAAGGGCGUCCUCCUUACGGACGGAUCGGAGAAGGGCAAGCACGGAAAGGGCGGCGCCAAGGCCCUGAUGAACACCAUCGUCCAGCUGAGGAAGCUCUGCAAUCAUCCGUUCAUGUUCCAGCACAUCGAGGAGAAGUACUGCGACCACACCGGUGGUCACGGAGUGGUUUCUGGACCUGACUUGUAUCGUGUGUCUGGAAAGUUCGAGCUGCUGGAUCGCAUUUUGCCCAAGCUGAAGGCCACAAACCAUCGCGUACUGCUCUUCUGUCAGAUGACCCAGUGCAUGACGAUCAUCGAGGACUAUCUCGGAUGGCGCCAGUUCGGCUACCUUCGACUGGACGGUACCACCAAGGCCGAGGAUCGUGGCGAGCUGCUGCGCAAGUUCAACGCCAAGGACUCUGACAUCUUUGUUUUCCUGCUGUCCACCCGAGCCGGCGGUCUGGGUCUCAACUUGCAGACGGCCGACACCGUGGUGAUCUUCGACUCGGAUUGGAAUCCUCACCAGGAUCUGCAGGCUCAGGAUCGAGCCCAUCGUAUCGGCCAGCGCAACGAGGUGCGCGUUCUCCGGCUGAUGACUGUGAACUCUGUGGAGGAGCGUAUCCUGGCCGCCGCCAGAUACAAGCUGAACAUGGACGAGAAGGUCAUCCAGGCCGGUAUGUUCGAUCAGAAGUCGACAGGCAGCGAGCGGCAACAGUUCCUGCAGACGAUCCUGCAUCAGGACGACAACGAGGAGGAAGAGGAGAACGAGGUGCCCGACGACGAGAUGAUCAACAUGAUGAUCGCCCGCAGCGAGGAGGAGAUAGAAAUCUUCAAGCGGAUGGACGCUGAACGCAAGAAGGAGGACGAGGACAUUCAUCCGGGCAGGGAACGGUUGAUCGAUGAGUCAGAGCUGCCCGACUGGCUGACCAAGGACGACGAUGAAGUAGAGCGUUUCCACUACCAGUACGAUGAAGACACUAUUUUGGGUCGCGGCUCUCGGCAGCGCAAGGAAGUCGACUACACCGACAGCCUCACCGAGAAGGAGUGGCUGAAAGCCAUCGACGACGGCGCCGAGUUCGAUGAGGAAGAGGAGGAGGAGGACUCGAAGCGCAAGCGGCGCAAGCGAAAGAACCGCAAGGACGAGUCCGACGACGACUCGCUCAUCCUGAAGAGGCGGCGGCGCCAGAACCUGGACAAGCGCUCCAAGAAACAGAUGAACAAAAUCAUGAGCGCGGUGAUCAAGCACACUCAGGACGGCCGCACCCUGUCCGAGCCCUUCAUGAAGCUUCCCUCCCGUCAGAGGCUGCCCGACUACUACGAGAUCAUCAAGCGGCCGGUGGACAUCAAGAAGAUCCUGCAGCGCAUCGAGGACUGCAAGUACGCCGAUCUCAACGAGCUGGAGAAGGACUUUAUGCAGCUCUGCCAGAAUGCUCAGAUCUACAACGAGGAGGCUUCCCUUAUCUAUCUGGACUCGAUUGCCCUCCAGAAGGUGUUCGUGGCCGCGAGGCAAAGGAUAACCGCUGCCGCAGAUGCAAUGGCAGUGGCGGCAGGGGAGAAUACGGGUGAGGCGCAAGGAAACGGUGGCGGGGGAUCAGACAAUUCCGAAAACGAGGAUGACGAUGGCGGGGACGAUGGCUCCGACGAUGAGGAGAUCGCCACCACCUCUGCGGCGGCCGUGAAAAUGAAGCUGAAGCUCAACAAGUCUCUGGCCAGUGCCCCGGCCACGCCCACGCAGUCGUCGAACGUGGGCAGCGGUGCAGCCACCACAUCCAAGAAGCAAACGCGCCGCAAGCGCUCCCAGAAGAAGUACACCAUCUCCGAUGACGACGACGACGACAUGGACUAGCUGCCGCUGGGCAUGAUCUUCAAGCGCGGAUCAUUGGACGUCGAUUGAUUUUUAUUUGGCCUAGGUUCAUACACUUCCGGAUAAGGUGCUUGCUGAAUCGCUUGUAUUCAGCCGAUUCACUGACCACCUUGCCUACCAGGCACGCAAUCAUUUUAACCUUUUAACCUUAGUUGUAGGGCUUCGUUUAAGUUUCCUUUUUCCAAUAUACACCCCAAUGUUCUUUACACAAAUUAUAAAAUUGUAUUUAAAAUUACAUGCUUUUAAAUAAAUGCAUAUAUUACGUAGA